GGAACGCGGCCCCCGCCGCUGUCCAGCCGCUCUGUGCCUUUCGCGCUCGGCGCAGCCGCCGCUGUCGCCGCCGCCUCUCCGAGAAACUCAGCCACUCGCUCGCCAUGGACACUCCUAGGGUCCUUCUCUGGGCGAUCUUCCUCAUCAGUUUCCUCUGGGAUUUGCCGGGUUUCCAGCAGGCUUCCAUCUCCUCGUCCUCCUCCACCGAAUUGGACUCCGCCAAAGACGUGGGGAACCGCAAAGAAGGGAAGAUGCAGCGGACUCCACAAGAGAGUGCCGAGGGCCGGGCGCCCCAGGAGCACCGGCAGCGGCAGAGCGAGCUCCGGCGGCGGCCGCCAGGGCAAUCUCAGGGGCAGGAGCCGCCGGGCAGGGGGCCGCGCGUGGUGCCUCACGAGUACAUGCUGUCAAUCUACAGGACUUACUCCAUUGCCGAGAAGCUGGGCAUCAAUGCCAGCUUUUUCCAGUCUUCCAAGUCUGCUAAUACGAUCACUAGCUUUGUAGACAGAGGACAGGACGAUCUCUCGCACACUCCUCUCCGGAGACAGAAGUAUUUGUUUGAUGUGUCCACGCUCUCAGACAAAGAAGAGCUGGUGGGCGCAGAGCUGAGGCUUUAUCGCCAGGCGCCCCCAGCACCCUGGGGGCUACCGGCCCGACCGCUACACUUGCAGCUCUUCCCCUGUUUGUCCCCUUUGCUACUGGACGCCAGGACCCUGGAUCCACAGGGACCAACCCAAGCCGGCUGGGAAGUCUUCGAUGUGUGGCAGGGCCUGCGCUCUCAGCCGUGGAAGCAGCUGUGCUUGGAGUUGCGGGCAGCCUGGGGUGAGUUGGACGCCGAGGAUACAGGGGCGCGUGCGAGGGGUCCCCAGCAGCCACCGCCUCUGGACCUGCGGAGUCUGGGCUUCGGCCGGAGGGUGCGGCCGCCCCAGGAGCGGGCCCUGCUUGUCGUGUUCACCAGAUCGCAGCGCAAGAACCUGUUCACUGAGAUGCAUGAGCAGCUGGGCUCUGCAGAGGCUGCGGGAGCCGAGGGGUCAUGGCCAGCGCCGUCGGGCGCCCCAGACGCCGGGUCUUGGCUGCCCUCGCCCGGCCGCCGGCGGCGACGCACCGCCUUCGCCAGCCGUCACGGCAAGCGACACGGCAAGAAGUCCAGGCUGCGCUGCAGCAGAAAGCCUCUGCACGUGAAUUUUAAGGAGUUAGGCUGGGAUGACUGGAUUAUCGCGCCCCUAGAGUACGAGGCCUAUCACUGCGAGGGCGUGUGCGACUUUCCGCUGCGCUCGCACCUGGAGCCCACCAACCACGCCAUCAUCCAGACACUGAUGAACUCCAUGGACCCGGGCUCCACCCCGCCUAGCUGCUGUGUUCCCACCAAAUUGACUCCCAUCAGCAUCCUGUACAUCGACGCGGGCAAUAAUGUAGUCUACAAGCAGUACGAGGACAUGGUGGUGGAGUCCUGUGGCUGUAGGUAGCGGUGCUGUCCCGCCGCCUGGGCCAGGGACCAUGGAGGAGGACUGACAGCUGAGAGAGGAGCACGAGCUGGCCUGGAAGAGGCUACAGGUGGGGGACAGCCUCAAAGUAGGAGCACAGUGGGAGAGCAAGCAGUCCAGCCUUCCCAGAACCACCCAACCCCCAACCCAGAAGUAGCUAAGGGUUUCAUUCACACUUUGCCUUGCCACCCUGGAAGGAUUCUUUCUUUUAUUCUGGCUUUUUCCCGUCUCCUUGGUUUUGAUAGGACAUGGAAGGAGAGCAGAUGUGUAUCUGUUCACAAGUGUUCUGUGGAUUGGGGAGGAGGGCGUGAGAGAAAUAACCAAUUAUUUUUGUCCGCAUCUUAGAUUGGUUGUUUCUACCUGUGCGAGACCUCUGAGUCUUUCCAGCCAAGUCACAGCUGGCAUCCUUGGCCGCACCGGAAGUGUUAGGGGAGCUGGCUAAAGGAAUAUGCGAGUCGGGAAGGGCCUUGCCCUGAGAGAAGCCCGGAUGCCUCCUUCUCCCCUCUGUGCAUUCCCAUGAAUUUAUCUGUUCUGUCCUGGCCUCUCCCAGCACAGGGAACUGGGAGUUGCCACCACAGUAGACUCAGAUCUCCGGAUGCCUUUACUGUUGCUGGUGGGGGGGAAAGGAUUUGGAAUGGAUGGAAUGACAAGAAUUAGUUCAUGUGGAACCCCGUGAAGGAUAAUGAGAAACCACAAGGCCUACCUCUGACCGGGUGACACUGAGGUGCAUUACCCAAGGCUGGAGGUAGCCCGCCCAAAAAGCUAUUGGUCAUGUUUCUCAUUGAUUUCUUUAAAAAGAAUUUGCCAAAAAUUCCAGUAUCACCUUCUAAGGCAAAGGUUUUUUUUUUUUUUUUUUCCUUUUCUUUUCUUUAGUGGCGAGGGGUGGAAACUCUAUAAUUAAGGUAUGAAGGGAAGAGGAGGAAAGGACCUAAAAGGUAGAAGGGCUACAUCAGGAGGGGAGACAAGGGCCCCACAGGAGGAUGGAGAUAAAGGGCCAGGAGCCUCUGCCUCUGAAGUUUCUUAAAAUUUAAGUCCCUCUUCUCUUUCUGACAUUCCUGAGAGAUUACGAGCCAGCAAUAGCCCAGGGCUCCCCCUAGGGAAUCGAUUUAGAUUGUAAUUACCAGUUAGGUGCUGUUUUUACACCUUAGUGUAAUGCGAAGCUGUGAGUCAAGUGUUAGGUUGAGCUUUGGGUGGAAACUGGGAAACAGGACAUCGGGAAAGAAACCAGAAGGAAGCAAGAGACAGAACACAGGAGAAUACCUGUUCCCAGGUAGUCAAAAUCGCUAUUCUUCCCACAGUCUGUACCACGAUCAUUUUCAAACAUCGCCUAGACAGAGUCCCUUUGACAAAUACGCUUCUUCAUCUUUGUCCAUGGAAUAGUUUAAACUGCGGACCUUGUGUUAGUGAUUACAGAAUGUUUUGGGUUACCCCAACUGGCUUGUUCUCUCCUCAUUGAAAUCUGUUUCUUGUCUGGUUAAGAGAAAACAAACUGUCAAGGAAAGAGUUGGAAUGCUAAUACAUGGUAAUAUAAACUGGUAAGGGAGAAAAGACAAGACUCGGCCAGGAGAACUAACUUAAAUGCACAUUUGCUUUGGAUGCACUGCUGUUCUGUUGAGGCUGUAUAUAUUUGUUUAUUUAAGAUGACUGAAAGUGCAAAGAGAAAACAUGCAAUUCAUCUUAAUGUACAAAACGUUAUAUGCACUCAAAUGUUAUAAUUUCUAAUAUUUUUAAAGUUUAUA